CCCAGAUUGAUGGGAGGAAAAUGAGGGGAGAGAGGACAGACAUACACAGACUUGCGCCGCUGCUUCAGAAAACACAGAUUGCAUACCGAGGACAUUCAUCCUCCGAUGUGCCCACAAGAUAUUUUUUAAGGUGUUCUGCUGUAAAUAAGGUGUGUGGACCCAGUGUGCAGCACUAAUCUUAGAGACGGGGGAGGGGAGCGAUUCUCCACAUACAUACAAACCCCCCUCUGCCAAUCAGAGAGAAAGACUGAGAGGGAGAAGGAGAGCAAGUGAAGGAACAGGGGAGACGGCAGAGAGACUGAAAAGAGGAAACAGCUCAAGCAGUUAUCUUAGGUGGACAGAGAGAAAGAAUUAUACACGAACACACACUGUCCAGCCACACGUUACAAGGCGCUCCAGCCAGCGGAGGCGGAUAACCAGCCAGACGCCUCAUAUCUGCAGCUCCAGACCAAGAAGAUUCCUCUCGAAUUCUCUCCCGACUUCAUCCUAAGCUGGACCGCGAGCUUUAAGGGGAGAGACAGAAGAAGAGGGAAGUGCUUUGCAACUUCCUCGAAGGGGUGAGAGUGUAAGGAGAGUGACAGAGAGAGAGAGAGCAGGGGAAAUCUCCCCCUCGCCCUCUCUCGACCCAGAUCACCGUCAGGCUGGCUGGCACAGCCAUGGCCUUCACCUUUGCGGCCUUUUGCUACAUGUUAACACUCGUGUUGUGCGCUGCCCUCAUCUUCUUCGUCAUCUGGCAGAUUAUCGCUUUUGAUGAGCUGCGCACAGACUUCAAAAAUCCCAUCGAUCAGAGCAACCCCACCAGAGCGAGGGAAAGAAUAUUGAACAUUGAGAGAAUCUGCAACCUCCUCCGAAGGCUGGUGGUUCCAGAGUAUUCCAUCCACGGGCUGUUCUGUCUGAUGUUCAUGUGUGCAGGGGAGUGGGUGACUCUGGGCCUUAACAUCCCCCUGCUCCUCUAUCACCUCUGGAGGUUUUUCCACCGUCCUGCAGAUGGGUCUGAGGUUAUGUAUGAUCCAGUGAGUGUGAUGAAUGCAGACAUUCUGAAUUACUGCCAAAAAGAGUCCUGGUGCAAGCUAGGCUUCUACCUUCUCUCCUUUUUCUACUAUCUGUACAGUAUGGUGUAUGCUUUGGUCAGCUUCUAAGGGAUCAAAUGAAGUACAGAUGAUUGUGAAAGGAAGGAGAAAACGACAGAAUAAAGACCAAGCUAUGUCGCGCUCUCCUCUCCCUCAUCCUCAGACCUUGUUCAGCUCCUCCUCAGAUCUCCUGGGUGGGGAUGGACGAUGGACAGAUGUAGAAAAAGCUCAAGACAAGGAGGCAUUUAAAGCCGUCAAUCUAAACCUGCCUCAAUUACUGCCAUUUAAAAAAAAACAAACAAAAAAAAACAAGUGGAGAUGUGGACCAAAAGAAAACGAGUGCAAUAGAAAGAGAGAAAUAUGGUGAACAAAAGACUCAGGCAGUGUAGAUGUUUUGUAACACCAUUGAAUUUCUCAAGGGCUGCUGAAAAUUUCCACUGCUCAUAGCAACAAAUGGUUCUUAAUGUCUAUGAAGAGACACGUCAAGUGCUACUGAGGCCAAUACAGAAUGUGUUAUCUUGAAUUUUAAAUCAAUAGACCGUGGACUUUGUCGCAACGUCUUUUUCUUCACAUAACUUAUGUCAAAGUAUUUAAUUACUGCUAAGUAUUUGCUAUUUCAGUAUUUGUGGUAGAUAAAUGUACCCUGUAUGUAGAGGUACGAUAUAACAAUUGAUUAAAUUCUGAAUAUAUGGCUCAGUUGUUGCAGUUCGGUCAGGGUAGUUCUAUUAGUGUCCUUAAACAACCGCACAAGAAGUCUAUUUUUACGUAAAAUCUGAUGGUGACGUUUACAAAGACAUUUCAAAGCAAAUCAACCAAUGAGAUAAGUAUCACAAACCGGGGAAACUGUUUGAGCAGCAUCACAUCUGAGGACUGACACCCCAUGUUCCGGAUUCAUCCGUCAUGGGCUGCGGCGAGGACGAGCGGUGAAGCAGAACGGCAGACUCUUAAUUGAGACGGGCGUGCAGGACGGGCCGUAUACCGGAGGGAGGAGCGAUCUGACCCCAACCUCUGCCGGAGUUCAAAUACUCGAUAGACUGUGACGAAUCAUAAAAGCACUUUUGGAAUGCCAACAGAUGAACUGUAGCAAACAACAGAGGAAGACUCAUUUGCGUUGAGUGGGCUGAUGCGCGCGAGACAGCCGGACACAGCGGACCGUGAUGCAGAUGAUCGAGACACUGGUGUCGGAAACGUUCGCCGAUGAUGUUUUGGACAGUGGACCGAAGAUGGCGGACUCGCAUCGAAUACAAACUUUUCAGGCAAUCUUCUGCGUUAGAUUAUAUCCGACAUUUAAUGCCACUCUGUUCCGUGUAUUAUAGGGCCUCUCGAUUUGCCUCACCUGGAGUUCCCGUGUUGUGCCGUGUCCAUCAGUCUGCUAAACAAGUAGAUUAAUGAUUAUUUACCUAAGCUGUGUGUAGUUCUGGCUUUGUAGAUGAAUAGAGUGGCCGAACGUAUCUCUCAUGAGCCGCUUCACUAGCUAGAACGGCUUCGUAUUCAACUUAAAAGCAAGCAAUUUAAUAACGACACAGUCUGAGUGCUUUCUGGCAACAUUGCCUAUCUGGUUCGAACUCCCGGGUCUUCUUUCCAACUUGGCUCUGACUUGAUGUACCCUCAAAAAUGUGAAUAUAUAUAUCCUGGACAAUCGCUAAUAGCACAGGAAUGUGGGCUGAGAGACAGCUGACUGGGUCUUCAUUAUAGACGUCAUCACUGAAUGUCUUUUUGUGAUUAAUAUUAGUUCACAUGCAGUAUCUACAUUUAAGAAUACCUGCAUGAUUAUGUCUUUUAUACAUGAUUCAUUAAUGUACGCUACAGCACCUUUGGUAACUUUAUGGUCUGUAUUCAGCUGAAUACAACCAAAUAUCUUAUAUACUCCAAAAGCAAUUACACAUGUUCUAAUAAAACGAUGUUGCCAAAAAAA